AUGGCUCCGGACGCUGCGGAAGGCUGGCACCCUCUGAGGGUCCUGCUUAACUACCAACUGGUCUCGGAUAGUUCGGCCGUCCUUCACCUAAAUUCCGUGCUCGACGCUAUCACCGCCGAUGCCUUAGUUCCUUCUCCGCACUCGCAGAAAUGGCUGGCCAGAGUCGCCUCGCUCAUGCACUCCAAAAUCCAAAGCGCGAGGUGGGCAGGUCUCAAUCUCGCACUGCGUACGGCAAUCCUGUCCAAGGCCCUCAUGCUCGAAACUGCCCAAACCUGGAUCGGCGUGGCACAGCCCAUACUCUCCAGGCGUGAAUCUGUACCAGUUAUGAAAGCCAGUAUACGCCUCCUCAGACAUAUCUGUGUAUCGGCCACAGACCUUCCCGAAUUCCACCGUCAAGUCGUGGCGCCAGCAGUGCCCAAACUCAGCGCCGCUCUGAUGCAGGUGAUCGAGCAAUCCUAUAAUGAGGAUAUUCUAAUCCUCGCGUUCGGUACCCUGACGCAUUUGGUGACUAUCCACCCCAACCUCCAUCGCGCUCUAUACGGUUCAUUAUCCGCGCUCUCUCUUCGCGUUCUGGACGGUUCAUUGCCGACAACAUCACAUGAUAUGAUAGCCAGCGCUUCACGCUUGUACGCUGUGCUUCAUCUUACUGGAGGAAAGGUUGGCGGCUCACAACUGUGGGCGAAGGCGGUUGACGAGACCGUGCGCUUUGUUAUGAAUGCAUAUGCAAGUCUCAGGACAACUUUUCCUGUGGAUCCGGACAUCCCACGUCCGCCUCUCGAUAGCUCCGCCGACCCUCUGUUGGUCACAAAGCUCAAUCUGAAUCGGCUGCGGUGGGGCGUGCAGACCCUAUGCGAUCUCCUACGUGCGACCACGCACCGACCUGUACAAGUGCCUAUCGGAUUACUUUCCCGCCUAUCUCUCUUACUCCUGGCGUCCACAGAGCAUGAAAGGAGGAACGGUACGGUGGAUCCAGGGGUGCGUGCACUGGAGGUUGCUGCAGUACCCGCGAUCUGGGUCGUUGGCUGUGAUAUGUUGCAAUGUUUGGCAGAACGUACUGGCCCACGAUUGGCACCUCAUACACCUCGAUUCUUGACGUACAUCAUUUUUCAUCUCGAGCAACCACUUACACCAAUUCAACGGUUGUCGUUCCUACGCACAGUUCACACUCUACUGAGGCACGCACGCCUGCCAAGCAACGCAAGUUUAAGCACCCGCCUCGCCCGAGUCGUGCUUCCCUCGCUUGUCGUCCUUCUUGCGCAACGCGAUGGUGCAGAUGCUGCCAACGUAAGUGGCAAAGCGAACAGUCAAAAGGGAAAGAAGCGAGCUCGAGCGUACGAGGGUGAUGAACUGGUUCGACGAAACGUAAUGACCAUCUGUCCGAGUCAAACAGAUGGUGACGUCGUCCUUGCGGCGUUGGAUGUGAUGCGGGUCAUAAUGCAGGAUUCCCAACUUUCGCCUUCAUUGCAUUCGCUCGGCUCUCGCAUUAUCCUGUCCAUCCAGCUCGCUCUUGCUCAGACAUUGCCGUCGGCCGUUUCUCCCGACGCCACGCUCCACCAGCGACUGGCGAAGAAAGUGUGUCAGACAUGCACAGAAAUCGGCGUCGGGACCUCCGGCACGAUCAGCCAGAGCCUUGGUCUUGUCAUCAACACUAUGAUGGCGGACGUUUAUACGGAUUGGGGCCUUGGUGUCGAACACACGAUAGAUCUCUUGCUUCAUCCCCGCUUGCCACCAUUACUGAGAUCUGCCCCCUACAUCGAACAUCUCGCUCUAUUCCGUGCAGAAGAAGGUGACGAAGAGCGGCAGAUACGCGAAGUGUCAGGUGCCUCAGUCAUCUCGCCAACCCCUACCCCUGAUGCUUCUUUCGAGAGAAGUCCAAUUCCGCCCUCUGCCUUGACUGCCACAAAAUACGCCGUUACAUUCGACGCGAAAUCAUUAGUUUCAACGUCUGGUAGUGAGUACAACAACACACAAGAUGGCAUGGUCGCCUCGACGACUGCGAAGCCUACGCUGCAUACAUCGUCUGACAAUAUUCAACCGCCCACAAGCACCUCCGAAACUUCCACGCCGAUUACUGUGCUUACACCAGAGGUCGAACUAUCAAGUAUAUCCGAUCCUCCGAUGGUUCCAGCGGCCGUGGUUGCUUAUCCAUCGAAUCCGGCGGAAAGGGCUUCAAUUGCGUUCCCCGCUGAAUCAUAUCUGACCGAACAACAGAUGAGCGAGGACGAAGAGGAGGAUCGAGAGAUCCCUGGUAUCAACGUCGAAUCCGAUUCAGAUUGACUGAUUGUAAAUACAUCUGUGUGUGCAUUGGUUCUACUGCAUGCAAACCGUCAGAAUGACAAUACGGUUAUAUCGUCGUCCCCGAC